AUGGGGGUUUCUCCAGUUCAAGUGUCAUCGUAUCCGCCAGGCUCCUGGGCCCAUGUUGCAACAAGCAUGGGCUACCGUCCAUCCACGGGGCCUGGUUCAGCUAUUCCCAUUGGUGUUCCUGCUGGCGGCAGUAUGGUGGCGGCAUCUUCUGGCAUGCAGCCAGCAUUCGGUCAUCAACAAACAUCAAUGUGGAACCCAAUGACCUCCCAUGGGACUGUCGUGGGCUCUCCAGCCCCCAGCAUGCCGGCUUCUGUGGGCACGCUGCACCAUUCAGUCUCCAUGCCGCAGCUACCAAUUGCAUCAACAGCUCAAGCUGCUGGUCAAGAUGCAAGUGGAGGGGGCCAAAUGUCUGCUCUGUCACUUCCUCCGGCACAUGCGUUGGGAUUCACAGAGCAGCAUUCUUCCUGGCCGCUGGCUGUAACUGGUGCAUCUGCCCCAUCGGUGACCCUAUCAGACCUUGAAGCAUGUCCCUCUGGGCAAGGAAGUCAAUUUGCCGAUACAACAGUGAGUGGUACGGAUGAUGAAGGUGGCACUGCUGCUACAACAAUCAACAAUGAAGGAGCACUUGCUCUUCCAUCACAUGAUGAAGCUGGCGUGGACGUGGGGAGUGUGGUCGGGGUGAACGGGCUGAUGACGGACAUAGAGCCCAUGCUGCAGGACGUGCGCGAGGGGGACCUGCUGAAGAACCUCGAGCAGCUCACCAAGGUGGCCUCUGAUGCCGCCUCCGACCUCAGGCAGCUGAACAGCUCUAUUUUAACCAAGGAGAACACGGAGCUGCUGCGGCAGUCAGUGUCCACACUCACCAAGACGCUCAAGCAUGUCGAGGGCAUCAGUGCUGACAUCAGCAGCCUCACAGGCGACCCCAGCACGCGGGACCACCUGAGGCAAAUCAUUGAGUCCCUCAGUCGCCUCGUGGCUGAUUGA